UUGGCUGCUUUACGGUCGGGGCGCGCGCGGGGCGCCGCGUUCUCCUCAACCCACCCGCUCUGCUUCGCCAUGGACGAGCAGAAAGAGACUCUGCAAAGGAUUGUCUCUACUCUAGCAAACAAAAAUGAUGAAAUUCAGAACUUCAUUGACAUGCUGAACCACACAAUAAAAAAUGUUCAGACAAACUCUUCUAACAUUAUCUCCGAGUUGGAUGAAGAAUUUGAUGGUCUGUAUUCCAUACUGGAUGAGAUGAAGGGGAGUAUGACAAACACUAUUCAGCAAGAAGAGGCUCGUAAAAUUCAGGCUCUACAGAAUCAACUUAGCCAGUGUAGUAAUGCCCUGGAGAGUUCUGAAGAACUUCUAGAACUUGCUGCACAGUCACUGGACAUAAAGGACCCUGUGGAAUUCUCAAAGGCUGCCAGACAGAUCAAAGAUAGAGUUACAAUGGCUUCAGCAUUCCGUAUUUCUCUGAAACCAAAGGUCAGUGAUAGUAUGACUCAUUUAAUGGUGGACUUCUCCCUGGAAAGGCGGAUACUGCAGGCUGUAAAGUUUUUGCCAGUCCCUAAAGCUCCAGAAAUAGAUCUUGCAGCUUGUCUGGUUGCUGAUAACUGUGUAACAGUAUCAUGGAGAAUGCCUGAAGAAGACAACAGAAUUGAUCACUUUGUACUGGAGUACAGGAAAACCAACUUUGAUGGGCUUCCUCGAGUAAAAGAUGAACAAUGUUGGGAGCUAGUAGACUAUAUUAAGGCUACUGAAUACAUGCUAUCGGGUCUGAAAUUUGAUACGAAGUAUAUGAACUUCAGAGUACGAGCUUGCAACAAGGCUGUGGCAGGGGAGUACUCUGAUCCGGUGACUCUGGAGACCAAAGCAUUUGUGUUCAAUUUGGACAAUACUUCAUCUCAUCUGAACUUGAAAGUUGAAGAUAAUUACGUUGAAUGGGACCCUACUGGAGGCAAAGGCCAAGAAAAAAUAAAAGGAAAGGAGAACAAAGGCAGUGCCCAGAAUCCUCUACUGAAGAGCAAUAAAAGUGGUACACCAUCUCCAAAGAGGACAUCUUUUUGCUCAAGAUCCUUAAUGAGGGGCAGCAGAGAUCGUUUUACUGGUGAAUCAUACACAGUGUUGGGAGACACUGCCAUUGAAAGUGGGCAGCAUUACUGGGAGGUGAGAGCCCAGAAGGACUGCAAAUCCUACAGCGUGGGAGUAGCAUAUAAAAACUUGGGGAAAUUUGACCAGCUGGGAAAGACUAAUUCAAGCUGGUGCAUCCAUAUCAACAACUGGCUGCAAACUACAUUUUCAGCAAAACAUAAUAAUAAAGCCAGGACUCUAGAUAUACCUGCUCCAGACAGAAUAGGAGUGUACUGUGACUUCGAUGGAGGUCAGCUCACAUUUUAUAACGCAAACUCAAAGCAACUGUUAUAUACCUUCAGAACAAAGUUUACACAACCAUUACUACCAGGUUUCAUGGUCUGGUGUGGUGGGCUUACAUUGAGUACUGGACUGCAGGUGCCAAGCGCUGUGAAAACGCUCCAGAAAAGUGAAAAUGGAUUGAGUGGUUCAUCUGGCAGUCUAAACAAUGCUACUCAGUAACCUGUCCAUUUAAUAGCUUCUACUGCAGGGCGUUUUUUUUCUGUAUAGUUGUUACUCACAGAAGCUUGUGAGCCUUGGAUUAAACUGGCUUUGCUACAUACUGCUGUUUUAAGGCCUGGGUACUGAUACUGCAGAUGCUUUGGACGAAAGUGUUAGGAAGAGGCUGCUGUGAAUCUGUAGAACCAGGCAGAAAAAAUACUGUUAUUUAUUUGGAAAACAGAUGGGGAAAUCAAGAGCUGUAGCUAUGUACUUUUCUAUUACUGCACUUGUAUUUUGCUAUGGACUUGGAAUAUUCAUUUUGUGUUAUAAAUUUUAUUUUUCUAUGAAGAAUAUGACAAGCUAUUUUCCUAGCUGUCCUAACAUGCCAUGUUUGACUAUAUUUUAUUUUAUUGCUACUGAGCUUCCAAAUAGAACUUGAUGACAAACACGUUUCAGAAGAAUACAUUAAUUCACGUAACAGGUUUUAGGCCAGCCGUGAAUAAACAAUACAAGCAAUCUGUGCUUCUGAUACAGAGCUGCUUGUUUCCCAUGCAUCACUCUCAAGUAUCAUGUAUUUAAAGAGUGAGUUCAGCACAUGUUUAUCACAAAUUAUAGGAAAAUGUAAAAAUGUAAAGGUAUUUAAACACAUUUGUAUCGCCCAUGAAGGUUCAUAAUAGCUAACUAUUGAGUGAAGUAAUACUUUAAAUACGAGGUUCAGAACCAAAAAUGAAGAGUUUUUAAAGCCACAGUAUGGUCCCUGAAAUAUUCUUAAUUUUGAAUCAUCUUUUGUCUUUCUAGUUUUGUCAGUUUAUUGUAGUUGGAUUUUGAUAAUCAGCAGUUUCACUGUUCAAACUGCUUGUCACUGACAGGAAGUGACAAACAGCCAAUUCUUUUCUGCCUGUAGCAUAAUGCAAUUCAGCUGAGGCUGGAAACAGAGAUGAUAAAGUUGAAUAUAGCCCUCCAGAAAAGAGGGGAAGCUCUUGCUAAAGCUUCUAGCUGUUUCUUCAGCAUCUUCAUGGCUGGUUAAGACUUCUCAAUCAGCUGUUGGUAUCACAGCUGGCCUUGAGCGGAGGUGGCAUCUAAACUCCUGGUGGUGAUGGACUGAGAUCUUGGUCCUGGAGACAUUUGAGCAAUCCACAUUUUGACUAGUCUAGCAACUGGACCUUUAUGGAUAACCAACACCCCUUAAAAUGUGUGAUUUAUUCAUCUAAAAAUGUAGGUUAUGUAUAGCAGUCCACUUUUAAGAUACUAGCCAGUACCAUAUGCUACUUCUGUGUGGACUUACGAGACUGACUUUUACAGGAUCAUAUUCUAAAGUUUCUGUUCAGAGACUCAGACUUUAGCCCUUCCCCUCUUUUAGGGCAAGAAGAAGGUCUAAGGCAAGGAAGUGCUUUGCAAACUAAUAUCAGAUCUGCUCUUGGAACUGCAUUUAUACAUGCUGUUUUUUGAAUCAAAUGAAAUAGGGCAUGGGUGUUAUGUCAUCUCAAUUCUUAUUUGGAAGCUUGAUAGUAAUAGUCAAAUAAUUCAUUUAUGGGAAAGUUAAAGAAAGAUAGCAUGUUAUUCUCUGUGGAAGGUCUUAAACCUUUUCAAUUAGAAUUACAUGUGUUUUAUCUACUGUUUAAGUCUGUUUUCUUUCCUCUAAUCAAGUCAAGAAGCCUAGGAUUAAUUUUCAGAUGUAUAUUUGAAUUAAUGGUGUUUUUUUACUGAACGCUUUUCAUACUCUUACCUGAAAACUGUUUCAAGUUCAUGCUAAUAGUCUGUAGUGAAGCAGCUCCUUCUUACAGGGCCAAAGUAUUCUUUAUUCUGUGUAUCUUUUAGUCCAUAACAAUAUGGCCAUCUGAUGUUAAAGCUUGUUAACAUUAGUGGCUCCUUUUUGUCUAUCAAAACUUCUCAAGAGAGAUUGCUUGAAACAACUUGUGAUAAGAUGGUAGCGAUAUUCAGUAGAAAAUUAAUUUGAUUCUUAACCUCAGUAUCUGCUCUAGAAAGUUUUGUUCUUGAGAAUUUUUGAGCUUGGCAGUAAGUUUGAGCCCUUGAUGUUUGAGCCCCAUUUCAUGUAUGAAACUUGAACAUUUGCGUUAUGAACAAAGGUAGCUGUAAUCUCUUUGUCAUGGAAAGCGUAAAAACAAUUACCAGUUGAGUUGCACCCUCCUUAGUCAGUUAAAUGUUCUUAGUCUUGAAAUUUAAAGAUACUGGAAGGUGACAUGGUCAGCAUCUGAAUCUGUUUAUUGCAAAUAUGCUAUCUACAGAUGUUCUUAUCCUAAAGCCUGUGUAGUAAUCUUAAGUCUUUCUUCCACAUUUCUUUCUUCUUAACUGCAAUAAGCACCUAACUGAUAGUUAUAGGGUCUCAAAUUGCGAUGAAUUCAGUGAGAGGAGAGACAGGCUUGUGUGCUUGGAUCCUAAGAGUGAAGAGGGUUGAGACAACCUAAUGGUUCUGGUUUUGAGACUUGUUGAGUAACUGAUAAAGAGAAUUGUAAACGGGCUAGUGCCUGUUCAUACUGCCCAGCCAUGUGCUUUUCUGGGGUAUUCAGCUACAGUUCCUAUUACAUUUCCCCUUCUGGAAAGUGAAUGUUGCUCUAAGGUGAAAUGUGCAGUGAACGAUGAAUAACCAUGAGUAAACUCCAACACUACAUAAGAGCGUUUAAAUUAUCAACUUGUCUUUGCAAGAUGUAGUGAAACCUGCAAGGUAGAUCUGGUUAUAUACAAAGUGUAAUUUUUUUUCUUUAACACUUAUAAUAGAGUUUGAAAGAGGCUUGAAUUAUUUCAUACUGUGGUUUGAUUUCCAAAGCUUAGUUAAACUGUUAUGCUAGGUGAACUUAAUGUGUGACUUAUUUUACACUUAAAGGAUGAAUUUAUUAUUAAUUAGUUUGCACAGAUGUCAAUUUUUUGCUGCUAACAGCUAGUCCCAUUAUUUUUAGUAAGUGGGAUGUGAAGAAGAGGAAUUGCCUUAAGCACUUUAAUUUUUUUAGACUUUUUGAACUAGUAUCUGUUUCAAACUGAGUAUCAAUGAUAUUCUGUAGCAGCUGGCACACUGUUUGUAGGAAGUAAAGUGAAAAAUGGUACUAGUUAAGAAGUUGCUCUGCAGCUAAUACAAGAGAGAUGUAUGCAACUUGUUAAGUUACUUUUCUGGGAGAUAGCUUCAGGGAUUGAAUGGAUUGCUCUUGCUUGUGAAUGAGUUUGACUUUCUAAAGGUCUAGUUUUGCCAAAUAAUUGGCAUUAAGUGUAUUAUGUCUGAUGUAAAUACUGAGCUUUAUUGCUCUAAAAUCAGACUGUUGGCUAAUCAGGAGUUUUCUUCUGUAUUACCAAAACAAGAAUUUUUAUUUGUGCUGCUUACUAAAGUGAUUAUUGGUAUUCUGUCAGGAUUAUGUUACUUUUAAAAUAACCUAUUGUAAGGAACUGAAGAGGAUUUCUCUUGAGCCCUAACUAUAAUAAACUGUAGCUGUCCUUGUUUUUAAGGAAAGCUAAAUGAACUCAAACAAGGAACACUAAUUUUCAAAAAAGAUUGUUUAAAAUCAUCCAGGUAAAUAUUUCCUCAAAUACUGAAAUGUAGAAGGCAGAGGCUGACAGAUUUUUCGUUCAACCAUCUUAUAAAAAAAAAAAGUAGAAGGUAAUACACAGUAUACAAUCCUUCCCCUCCUCCCCCUGCUAUAUUGUUGUUCCCUUUCAUAUUAAGACAGACUGAGGAAACUACCCGUUUCCCUUGGUGAAAACGUCUGAGUAAUACUUUGCUCUUGUAAGCAUCGUAGGUUAUGAAUAUUAAACAUAGCUUGAUUAGACAUUUUCAUCAGAAUUUUACUUAGCAUAUCUCCUCUAAUGUUGCUUGCUGUUAAACUAAACUGAUUUGAAUAAAAUGAUAAAGGAGAAACAUAAUGGAAGGGGAUUAUUUUUUCUGAAGCACUGUAAAGUAUGUGUUUUUCAGUAUUUGGCUAAACAAUUUUCUCCUCUACUGUUCAGUGUACCCAUUGCUGCAUGUGCCUUGCAGAAGUAAAGCUGUAAUCAUCUAUUGGCUGAAAUUGCUGAGCAUGCUUAGAGAUCUUGUGUUUUUGCAUUUUAUUUACCAAGUUACACACCAGGUCUCCAUAAACACUUUGACUGUACCUCAGGUAUUCUGUAAUUCAGUGCUUCAUUCCUCUUUUCUUUGGUAAGUAGCUGUGCAUAGCAGGCCUGUCACUAUCCACACUGAAUUACAGGGGUGCCUUAGAGCCCACAGAGUAUUUUGAUGUCUUUAACUUGUAUGUGAUGCAAACAUUUUGUAUUAAUAA